AUGUCUCAAACUAGUUCAGCGGAUCUCUUUCUCUUUUUACUCUCGGCAGGAUCAACUGUCAAUGCGCCAUACAGCACCAAUGCUCCACGGGGAACUCUCGGCGGAGAAGCAAUCUUUGACGAAGAAGAAUUUUCUGGCUCUAUUAAAUUCUACCAACUAACUACAGACGACAAUAUUUCAGUGUCGGCUAAAAUUGACGUAGACCUGUCUGAUGUCAACGCAAUCUACGAUUUAUACGUAUUACAUAAAGAAGGGUGCAAUCCUGAAGAUGCCUACAACUACGAAGAUUAUCAUGAAGACGCAAACGAGUACGCUUACUACAGACAGAAAUACCAGCAACUUAAUUCACGCAAACGACAACCAAGCAAGACGCAGUCCGAGACUACAAUUAUCUACAAGAGACGUCGAAUUACAAUUAAAUUUCAAAAUUCGGAAACAGAUAUGGACGAUAACUUUAACUCUGGCGUGUUGACACCUCCGCUCGACAAAACGUUAAACAAAAGCGAUCUUCUCGAAUUAUGUUUUAACCCAAAAGAUAUCAUGUUUGAUUUGACUCCAUACGUAUUCGCAUACUUGUCAAAGGGUAUUAGAAUCGUACCUCUCCCUGUGGUCCAUUUGAAUAAUGUUCUCAACCGAGACAUUGUAAUCAAAAAGAAUGGGAAAAUAAUCGCACGGACGACCAUUUUGAAAGUGUUUAAUUAA